AUGGACAUACCGGACUUACAAUGCAUCAGGCUACUCUGUCACCAGAGAAGACGAUCUAGAGGAUCAACGGGGUACUUAGGAGUACGAAGGAGACCAUUGGGAUGUUAUGCAACGGAGAUUACAAACCCUUAUACUAAGAAGAGACAUUGGUUAGGCACGUUUGAUACAUCGGAGGAAGCAUCAUUGGCUUAUGACAUGUCAUCAAUCACCUUUAGUGGUAUCGAUAAAGCUCAGACUAAUUUUUCCUAUAUGUUUCGUAUUAUGCCUUCUCCACCUCCACCACCUCCGCCACCUUCUCCACUACCACCUCCGCCACCUCCUCCUUCAUAG